AUGGAUUCGACGCCCGCAAUAUGCACCCGACUGGAAAUCCACGGCAACGGCUCUUCGGGCAAAGCAGAAGCUAAGGAAACGAUCGCAUUUGCGUUUGAUAUUGAUGGGGUCCUAGUCAAGGGUAAUCAGCCUGUUCCCGGUGCGCGAGAAACCAUCAAGAUGUUGCAAGAUAAGAAGAUACCUUUUAUCUUUCUAACCAACGGCGGAGGGUUGACGGAAAAAGACCACGUCGCAAGACUGGGUCAACGACUAGGACUAACUCUAGAUGAGAAGCAGUUUGUCCAGUCUCAUACCCCUUUUCGCGAACUUGUCCCAAAGUAUAGGGACAAGAACAUCCUGGCCAUUGGAGGCCAUGGACAGCAAAUCCGCAACGUGGCGGCGUCGUACGGAUUCAACAAGGUCAUCACCACGAGCGACCUAAUGUAUGAAUUCGACCACAUUCACCCCUUCCCUGAGAUGACUAGGGCCCACCAUAUCGAGCACGGAAGACUUCGUGCCGACAGCCUGCAGGGCCACGGCCUGGCCAUCGACGCCAUUCUGGUCUGGAGCUCCCCUCGCGACUGGUGCCUCGACCUGCAAGUCAUCACCGACCUCCUCGGAUCCAGCGGCGGCAGAUUCGGCAACAAGUCCCUCAUGGCCGGAGACAUCUCCCUCCCGAAUCACGGCUACCUCCAAGACGGCCAGCCGAAACUCUACUUCUGCAACCCGGACUUCGAGUGGCCCACCCAGCACGAGCACCCCCGCUUCGCCCAAGGAGCUUUCCGCGAGGCUCUCAGGGGCAUCUGGGCCUACGCCACCAAGGGCAAGGGUGAGCUGGAGUACACCAUGAUCGGCAAGCCGUCCGAGACGACAUACACGUAUGGCGAGAAGGUGCUGCAGAAAUACAACGACCACCUGAACGAGAAGCUGGAGGUCCCCCGACGAAUCAAGACCGUCUACAUGGUUGGCGACAAUCCCGAAUCGGAUAUUCUGGGGGCGAAUAACUACGAAUCAAAGUACUGUACCGAGUGGAAGAGCAUCCUGGUCGAGAGCGGCAUGCAUGUGCGAGGCAGCACGCCGGCCUAUGCACCUAAGCACAUCACCGAGAGCGUUGUGGGGGCGGUUGAGUGGGCUUUGAAGGAUGGGAAUAUGACGGCGUGA